AUGUACGCGAAUAAUCAGAUAGACUUCUCUCCCGAACGUCUAAUAUCCCCCUACACGGCGAUCGUCCGGCGCAGCGCGAACCCUUUCGAGCUGGCACAUGUCCUCGUAUCCUGGCUCAUCGGCGCUGGGUAUGAUGCCUACGUGGUGGUGGGCUGCGCCACGCGGGAUGUCUGCAUGGCCAUCAGAUACCGCACUAUCUGUCCUGAGAUACCUGAUGAGAAUGAGAAAGUGGAAGAACCGCCACCCCCAGAAGAAGAGCCUCGCUACAAGCUGGUGCCUCUACCAGACCUCACCUCCAAGUACGUCCAGGAGAUGGACAACAAAGAGGCAGAUAAGAUUCAGGGAGAAAUUGACAAAGUUGAGAAUGAGAGGCGCAGGAAAAUUGCUGAAUUGGAAAAGCCCCCUCCAGAUGAAAUGGAUGGUUGGCGCACUCACGCCUGGAUCCUGGUGUUGCCUCCGUUCAUGGGGGUCGAGGAACCGUUCUUCAUAGAGCCCAGCGAGGGGAACGGCUACCCUUUGAAUGCGGAGCAGUACCAACACAUUGAGAGUGUCUAUAAUAAUGAGAAUUAUUAUGUUAACAUUCAACCAGAGUCCGAAGAAGGACUAGGUGCUCUCAAAUACGAUCUCAGCGACAUCACCUGCUGGGAACACCUCCUGGCUGGCGAGCCCUUCUACAGGAGACAGAUGGUGGGCAUCGACACCUCUGACAUGAGAACCGCUUCUGACACUGAGAAGCAUCUGGAUAUGCCGUGCAGCUGGGUUGAGAAGCUCGAUAUUAGUGCUGAUGAAUAUGAGCAACGUUAUCCUGGCAGUCAUAAAGUCAUCCAUUACAAGAAAGUAUUGCUGGAAAGGUUCUCGCCGUAUUCUCAAAAGGAUGGUAUCAUUAAAAGGGUUAAGAUAUUUGAUGACUACGCUCUCUCUGUUCCUUUGAUCACCUACGAAUGGUACAAACAAAGAGCAGACAAGAUGCUGACUGUGAAGAUUGACCACAACAAGCGAGAAAUAAAAGAAAUAUUCGGCAUUGGCAGGAGAGAUCAUCUGUUGAAGCACGUAUAUUCAAUGGACGCGCCAGCAACUUCUGUGGAGGGUGACCGAGUGAUGGAGUUCAACUACUAUCCUCGAAUAGACCACCUAACCAAGCUGGUGUGCACUCCUCUGAUAUUUGAAGAACACUACACUGACAGGGAUGAUAGACUAGAAUCCCGCGUAAUAGUCUACACGGAAGGUACCAAACAGGAGCCAAAGCGUCAAGUGAAAGACAUAACGGAGACCUACAGCCGUAACCACGACAUACCAGCCAAGAAGGACGUCUGGAAGAAGAUAUUCCACAUUCAGGACAACACCAUUGAACUGCUGUAUCAGUACGCCUACAACUUCGUGACUAACGAUAACCGAUUCUUCAUCAAACCCAACCUGGCUGAAACUGGAGGGAAGAUCCUGUUUUAUCCGGAUAAGACUUCGGGAUAUAUUGCAGACCCCACAGCACCUCGACCACGGAACCUGGACGUGUAUUACGCGUUAUGCGAGAACAUAGACUGGGAGUACAAGACGACCAAGCACAUCAGAGAUCGGGAGACAGACGUGAACAGCUACCUACGACAGCGCCAUCGCGAACUGAAGGAACCCACGUUGGAUGUAGCACUUUAUGAUACUGAGAGGAAUGAGGCCGCCAAGAAAGGAUGGACAGAGAGGGAAAUCCAAAAAGCCGAAGUGACAGAACGAGAGAAGGAGGCAGAGAUAGAUCCUCUAGCACCGUACCUAGCCAGAAUGUUUGGUUCAGGACACGGCACUGGUGCUCAAGUGUCAGUCAAGGAAGCCACUCUGGUCAGAGAACAGUGUAUCAACGACUUCAAGGCUAAGCAGCUGGCACGACAGAAUCUUGUGCAGGAAAGGUUUGACAAGUACAAUGCUGAAUACAAGGCAAAGAGGCUUUGGUACUUAGCUAACCAGUUUAUCCUCACACCGGAGAAGGAAAGCGCUUAUUUUGCUGCAAGUGCCGAGUUAUCAUUCAAAGUCCACGCCUUGGAGGUAAGACUGACGCGCCACCGGGAUCUCUCAGGGCCCAGAUUCAAGGUACUCAUGGAUUAUUUGGACAAGCAUCCACUCCUCAAGGAGUACAAUAAGGCUGCAUGUCAUGGAAAGCACGAAAGGGGCAGAGGAUUUCCAUACCCUUAGAGUGGUACACUUGGUGUUGAGGUAAGGUGGAAGAAGAGUAUGGAUAUUUACGAUAAUGUUUAUUGAUGUCUUUUUUUCUCACGUAAGCAUGCACCAUACCUGUGUAUGUAAAUGUAUGUACAUUCAUUUUGUCUUUGUAUGCAUAAGUAAAGGCGCACUCGCUAGUGGCCGACUCACCAAGUCAUUUUCACACUCAAGUAAGGAACUGAGUACACAAGGAAUAAACCAUCUAUACUAAUAUCAACGCACAAUUGUGACAUUAAAAUCAAGAUGGCUUGUGGAUGCGUCUUGUUAGAGAAUUUUACUUCUGACGGGAAUCCCCUAAAAUUACUUUUUAUUCAUAGAGGAAGUAUUUCAUUCUAAUUUUAAA